CCCAGCCUGGUUCUUGUCCCCAGAGCUGCGAUGGGGCCGGGCAGUGCCAGGGUCCUGGGCUGGCUCCUGCUGGCGCAGGCAGCGUGGCGAGCAGCAGGCGGCCGCCCCUGCGAUGCCAAGGACUUCGGGCAGGGCUCUCCGGUGUGCGCCUGCAGCGCCGCGUACUGCGACACCCUGGAGCCCGUGGUGCUGCCGGCGCCGGGCACCUACGUGAGGUACGAGAGCAGCAAGGCCGGGAAGCGGCUGGAGCGCAGCGAGGGGAGCUUCCAGCGCAACGCAGCCACCCCAGGUACCCGCAGGGCCGGAUGCGGGGCACGGAGCCCAUCCCUGCCUGCGGCUGCGAUGCUCUCUCUGUCCCCUGCAGAUUUCCACCUCACCCUGGACACGGCGCAGCGGUACCAGAGGGUGAAGGGCUUCGGGGGCUCCGUCACAGACUCGGCUGCCAUCAACAUCUUGUCCCUGUCCAAGGAUGCUCAGAAUCACCUGCUCCGCUCCUACUUCUCCGAGGAGGGCAUCGAGUACAACCUCGUGCGCGUCCCCAUGGCCAGCACCGACUUCUCCGUCCGCCUGUACACCUAUGCUGAUGCAGAGGGCGACUUCGAGCUGAAGCACUUCAAUCUGACGGAGGAGGACACGAGGAUGAAGAUCCCCAUCCUCCGGGCAGCCCAGGCUAUGGCCAAGCGCCCGCUGUCGCUCUACGCCAGCCCCUGGACCUCCCCGGUGUGGAUGAAGACGAACGGCGCCAUGACGGGGAGGGGGACGCUGAAGGGCAGCCCCGGGGACAAGUACCACCAGGCCUGGGCCAAGUACUUCAUCCGGUUCCUGGAUGAAUACGCCAAGCACAACCUGACCUUCUGGGCAGUGACAGCAGGGAACGAGCCCACGGCCGGGGAGAUCAUCUUCUACCCCUUCCAGUGCCUGGGCUUCUCCCCCGAGCACCAGAGGGACUUCAUCGCCCGGGACCUGGGCCCCGCGCUGGCCAACAGCUCCCACCGCGACGUGCGCCUCAUCAUCCUGGAUGACCAGAGGGUGAUGCUGCCCUACUGGGCCGAGGUGGUCCUCAAAGACCCCGUGGCCGCCAGCUACGUCAGCGGCAUCGGCAUCCAUUGGUACCUGGACUUCCUGGCGCCCAUCGACCUCACGCUGUCCAUCACCCACCACCUCUUCCCUGAUUACUUCCUCCUCUCCACCGAGGCUUCCGCCGGCUCCUACUUUUGGGAGCCCAGGGUGGUGCUGGGCGGCUGGGACCGCGGCAGCAAAUACAGCCACAGCAUCCUGACGAACCUCAACAACUACGUGACGGGUUGGACCGACUGGAACCUGGCCCUGGAUAUGAAGGGGGGCCCCAACUGGAGCAAGAACUAUGUGGACAGCCCCAUCAUCGUGGACAGCAGCAAGGACAUCUUCUACAAGCAGCCCAUGUUCUACCACAUGGGGCACUUCAGCAAGUUCAUCCCUGAGGGCUCUCAGCGCGUGGGGCUGGCUGUGUCCAAGAGGUGCCACCGCUGUGACCUGGAGCAUUCGGCCUUCCUGCGCCCCGAUGGUGCCGUGGUCCUGGUGGUCCUGAACCGCUCCCCCAUGGAUGUGCCCUUCGGGGUCUCUGACCCUCGGGUUGGCUUCUUCGAGGCCACGGCUCUCAGUGACUCCAUCCAGACGUUCCUCUGGAAGCAGCCAGCCUAGGAUGGAUGUGGCUGGUGGAGAAGGGAGCUGCUGGC